AUGAUCUCGGUGAAGGACCGAACAUCUGAAUUUCAUGCGGCAGUGGACACGAUCAAGAACAGAUCCUUUGGCGGAUCGUUUCACGCACGAAACCUAGAGCACCGUCGACCGCUGUUGAACGAGACUAGGGAAAAUGGAAAAGGAAGGACGAAUAAGAGCGAGUUUUCUAAAAUGGCUGCUGCCAUUGGGAGGGAUAUUAAUGCUACCGCUGGGAAAUUGCAAAAGUUGACAAAGUUGGCAAAGCGAAAGACUCUGUUUGAUGAUCGACCUGUUGAGAUCAACGAAUUAACCUACGUUAUUAAACAGGAUAUUGCAAAAUUAAAUAAACAAAUUGCCCUCCUCCAGCAGUACGUGCGAGAUCAACGGGAAAAUAACAAGCAGGCCGAUGAACAUUCAUCUAAUGUGGUUGUUUUAUUACAAUCAAAGUUGGCAGAUACGAGUAUGAGUUUCAAGGAUGUACUGGAAAUUAGAACACAGAAUAUGAAAGUAACAAAAGACAGAAGAGAACAGUUUAUGUACACCACUCCGCAGAUAUCAAGCAUGCCAUCAGCGGAUUCACCCUUAUACAACACUCAACGACACAAUGAGCAACAGAACACAGAUUUUCUCGCUCUGGAUAUGUCUAAUGGGCAGGCCCAGCAACUACAACUUAUUGAACAACAGGAUAAUUAUAUUGGGAGUCGGGCUACAGCAAUCGAAUCUAUCGAGUCGACGAUAGCUGAGCUUGGAAAUAUCUUCCAGCAAUUAGCAACAAUGGUUGCCGAACAACGAGAGACGGUUCAGCGAAUUGACGCUAAUACGGAAGACAUACAGAUGAGCGUCGAGGGCGCGCAAAAAGAGCUUUUAAAAUAUUAUGCAAGCAUUUCUUCUAACCGGUGGCUAAUGCUAAAGAUAUUUGCUGUCAUAAUAGUUUUCUUCUUGAUUUUUGUUGUAGUGACUUGA